GAUGUUACAUAUUCCAUGCUGUGAUGGGGAAUACUUUGAUAACACAUCUCAGACCUGUAAAGAGUGUGAGGCAGGUUUUCGCGGAAUUAAUUGCAAUGAAACAUGUCCAUCAGGAACCUUUGGCAGAGGCUGUCAGAGUGACUGUAAUUGCUCCAAAAACACAUGCAAUUUCGUGAAUGGAGCCUGUCAAGUUUUUACCUCGAACAAAACUGACAGUGAAUUGACAGAGAUGAAUGGCACAUUUGUUAGAUUGAUCGUAAUUGGGACAGGAUCCUUCUUCAUUGGGAUUUUUCCUUGUGAUUAUUGCUCUCCAACUUAUCCUUACUUUUAAAGGAAGUUCUCAAACCCAGGCAGAUGUUCAGGUCAUGACAGUUUAUGAACGAAUUGACGACAACUGUAUCACGGAACAGUGAAAGAAGUGACAAAUAUAAAAGGAUUUAUGAUAAAUAUUUAAAACUUGAAACAGUUUUAUGAGUGUUGCUUUCGAAUUUUUACAUGCAUGUUAUUUAGAAUUUACAUGUUAACAUA